AUGCGAAGAACUUUUGACAGGCAAAGUGCAAUAUUGAUAGGUGAUUGCACUUUGCCUGUCACAUACAUCUCGACAGAGGCAACAUUCGAUAUGAAAGUUUCCUCUGUCGAGAAACUUCCUCACACCUCAAGAGAUGCGAAGAACUUUGACAGGCAAAGUGCAAUAUUGAUAGGUGAUUGCACUUUGCCUGUCACAUACAUCUCGACAGAGGCAACAUUCGAUAUGAAAGUUUCCUCUGUCGAGAAACUUCCUCACACCUCAAGAGAUGCGAAGAACUUUUGA